GUUCACUGGCAGAUCGCUUCCUCCCCACCCUAGAAGCUCUUUCCAAUCUUUCCUGCUUUCCUCCCUCAGUCUCCCUCUCUCUCUUUCUCUCGCCAGCCUGCGUGGGAAGCGCGCAUUGGCGAAGAGGUUUCCUCCCUUCUCCUCUCAAUCCUCUCAAUUGGGAGAUGGGGUUGGCAAAGGCGGGACUACGGGCAGGGCCCUAGGAAGACUGUUCUCAUGAGCCGAAGGAGGCGAGGCUUGAGCCGUCUUGCUUUUAAAGCAGUCCCUUUUUUGAGGAAUUUGCAAAGCAACUGGAAACGACAGCAAUCGCAGUGUCGCCGUGCUCUCUGCUGUUGCCGAGAUCGGCUCUGAAACCUGCCGCGCGAGCAGCAGCGGGACCAGAAAUAGCGCCGCCGAGAUCUGCGGGUUCUGUCACCGGAGACCACCUGAGUCGCUUAGUGAUCUUUACCUAGCCAGGCAGUUCACAAUGUCUAAAAAAAUCCAGGGAGGAUCUGUUGUUGAGAUGCAGGGGGAUGAAAUGACCCGUGUAAUAUGGGAUCAGAUUAAGGAAAAGCUGAUCUUUCCUCAUGUGGAUCUGGAUCUCCACAGCUAUGACUUAGGCAUAGAGAAUCGUGAUGCAACAAAUGACAAGGUCACUGUAGAAGCUGCAGAAGCUAUAAGGAAGUACAAUGUCGGAAUCAAAUGUGCCACAAUCACACCUGAUGAGAAGAGAGUAGAAGAAUUCAAGCUGAAGCAGAUGUGGAAAUCUCCCAAUGGAACAAUCCGAAAUAUUCUGGGGGGCACAGUCUUCAGGGAAGCCAUCAUCUGCAAAAACAUCCCACGACUGAUCCCUGGAUGGACAAAGCCUAUCAUCAUUGGUCGUCAUGCUUACGGAGACCAAUACAGAGCCACAGACUUUGUUGUUCCUGGCCCUGGAAAGGUAGAAAUGGCAUACACACCGAAGAAUGGAGGCCAGCCUGUAACUUACUUGGUUCAUAACUUUGAAAACUGUGGAGGUGUGGCUCUGGGAAUGUACAACCUUGACCAGUCCAUCAGGGACUUUGCCCACAGUUCUUUCCAGAUGGCAUUGUCUAAAGGCUGGCCCCUUUACAUGAGCACCAAAAACACAAUUUUGAAGAAAUACGAUGGGCGUUUUAAGGACAUCUUCCAGGAGAUCUAUGAGAAGGAGUACAAGUCACAGUUUGAAGCCAAAAAAAUCUGGUAUGAGCAUCGGCUGAUUGAUGACAUGGUAGCCCAAGCCCUAAAAUCUGAGGGAGGGUUUAUCUGGGCCUGCAAGAACUACGAUGGUGAUGUGCAGUCUGACUCUGUUGCACAAGGUUAUGGAUCCUUGGGGAUGAUGACUAGUGUCCUGGUAUGCCCAGAUGGGAAAACAGUUGAAGCUGAAGCUGCUCAUGGUACAGUGACUCGUCACUAUCGCUUGUACCAGAAAGGUGAAGAAACCUCCACUAAUUCCAUUGCAUCCAUCUUUGCUUGGACUAGAGGUUUAGCUCACAGAGCAAAGUUAGAUAACAAUGCAGAGCUCAAGAACUUUGCUUCCACCUUGGAAGAGGUCUGUGUAGAAACCAUUGAAGCUGGUUUUAUGACAAAAGAUCUGUCUGCUUGUAUCAAAGGGUUACCUAACGUGAAGCGCUCUGACUACUUGAACACAUUUGAGUUCUUGGAUAAACUUGCUGAAAACUUGAAGGUAAAGCUUUCUUCCCAGCCAAGACUUUAAGCGAAGACUUGAGGAUCAGUCUGAAGAGAAGGCUGCCUGUGUGAUGAAUGAAUUGCCCUCAUGCAGAGCAACACUGCACAAUUUGAGAAGAAAUCAACCUAAAAAUAGAAACAUGUUCAGAACUCUCUCAUCCCCUCAGGUUUCUCUAUGGUUUUCUAUUUUGUUAGAGGGCAUGGGGAAGCACAAAGUACAGGCUUGAUGGCUGUGUCUAUGAAUUAAGCUAUCAUCCCUCUUGCCAGUCACCCCAUCCCAUUCCUGAGGAAUAAACACUUUCAAGGGGUGGGAAUUAGUUCCACAGCAAAUUUUUUAAAUAAUGGAGGAGGCUUUGUUUUCUAUUGGCUAUGGGCUCUCACUGGACUACAGAAGCCCUGCAGAAGAUUUAGCAAACCAUUGUAAUGAAAUUUGAAAACAGAACAUAGCUUGAGAUAGGCAAGGUGCUUGAGAGGAUUUUACUCACCAGGGAGAAAUUCUUCAGGGAAACUGCCACAGUAGGGCAGAGGCAGUCAUUUUGUUUGCUUAUGACUGGUAGAUGAACUAAAGUGUAGGAAUGAUUUGUCUCUUGCUCUCAGGAGUAUGUUAGUACUGAUCUUCAAAUUGUCUAUUAUCAGCCAUAUGAACAUUUUUAUUCUAUCACUUGGGAAUUAAACAUUGUCCCAUCCAUAA